UCCAUUAUUUUCCCCUUACAUAUUAAAGGAGGGAAGCAGGGGGCCGGCGCUUCCCUCCGUAAGGACGCGCUUCUCCUAUUGCUCAUCGCGGCUUGUUUGUUGGAGCGGACAGCCAAGAGACAUCACCAUCACCUCCAUUUCAGAGAUUAUAGAGGAGAAGAUCCGAUAUGGCCUCCGGAAUGGCGAUCUUCAGAGGGAGACUCAGCGGGAGGUCCCCGUUCGGAGUCCGCUGCAUGUCCUCUUGGUGGCAGCAGGUCGAGCCAGCGGCCAAGGACCCGAUUCUCGGCGUGACUGAGGCUUUCCUUGCCGACUCUGAUCCGCGGAAGGUCAAUGUUGGAGUCGGAGCUUACCGUGAUGACAGUGGGAAACCUGUGGUUCUGGAAUGCGUUCGUGAAGCAGAGAGGAGGAUCGCAGGGAAGCAGAAUAUGGAGUAUCUUCCCAUGGGAGGGAGUGUGAAGAUGGUGGAGGAAACACUGAAACUGGCAUAUGGUGAGAAUUCAGAAUUCAUCAAGGACAAAAAGAUUGCUGCAGUGCAAGCACUCUCUGGGACUGGUGCAUGCAGGCUCUUUGCAGAUUUUCAAAAACGUUUCAAACCAGAUUCUCAGAUUUACAUACCUGUCCCAACGUGGGCAAAUCAUCAUAACAUCUGGAGAGAUGCUCAAGUUCCCCAAAGGACUUUCCAUUAUUACCUUCCAGAGACAAGAGGCCUGGAUUUUGCAGCACUAAUGGAUGACGUAAAGAAUGCUCCAAAUGGAUCUUUCUUCCUACUUCAUGCUUGCGCUCAUAAUCCAACUGGUGUAGAUCCAACUGAGGAGCAGUGGAAAGAGAUCUCAUAUCAAUUCAAGGCAAAGAAUCAUUUUGCAUUCUUUGACAUGGCCUACCAAGGGUUUGCAAGUGGCGAUCCUGAAAGAGAUGCAAGAGCUAUUCGAAUCUUUCUAGAGGAUGGCCAUUUAAUUGGUUGUGCACAGUCUUAUGCUAAGAAUAUGGGACUCUAUGGACAAAGGGUUGGGUGUCUCAGUAUUCUCUGUGAAGAUGAAAAACAAGCAGUUGCUGUAAAGAGUCAAUUACAACAAAUUGCAAGGCCUAUGUACAGUAAUCCACCAGUCCAUGGUGCACUUAUUGUUUCCACCAUACUUAGUGAUCCAGAAUUGAAGAGCCUUUGGUUGAAGGAAGUGAAGGGUAUGGCUGAUCGGAUCAUCGGAAUGCGAACUACAUUGCGGGAGAAUCUUGAGAAACUUGGUUCUCCCUUGUCAUGGGAGCACAUCACUAAUCAGAUCGGUAUGUUCUGCUUCAGCGGAUUGACCCCAGAACAGGUUGAUCGUUUGACUAAUGAGUUUCAUAUUUACAUGACUCGUAAUGGUCGUAUAAGUAUGGCUGGUGUCACCACCGGAAAUGUCGGCUACCUAGCAAAUGCAAUACAUGAAGUUACAAAGUCUGCUUAGUGCUCAUCUACUUUUCUCUUUCCAGGAAAAAUAAAAAACCCCGAGGAGUCGGAUUUUUCUUAAGUUUAAGUUGAGUCAUGAAUAAGCAGAUCUGGUGAUUGUGCUUUUUCCUGCUUCUCUGCCCCUUUGUUUGUGGGGGUGGGGGGCGAUACAUGACGUCCUCAGUGAACUCAUAAUUCCACUUGUAUUCUUGAAGAGCAAUUUUGGUAUGAAGGCCUCCUUUGUUGUACAAGCAUUUUUCGUUUCAUUUUCAUUGAUGUCUACACAACUCUUCGAAUUGGGGCGUCCCCCUAUAUUUUGCUGACAGAAGAUUGGCCAAACUAAAUAGCUCUUCACAAUAUAAAUUUUGGCUGGCAAAUGAUUUCUUUUAUCA